CUUCUUUGGUGCUCCAGCUCGGGCCAUUUGGAGAUGGUUGCCCUUCUCCACAAGCGCGGUGCCGAUCCCAACAUUCAAGAUACGCAGGGCUACAACUGCCUUCAUAUUGCUGUGCAGGCCGACAAAGCCAUGGUCGUGCUCUUCCUGCUCUCGACGGGCAUCGACGUCAACUGCCCAGACGCGGGCGGACACACGCCACUGAUGUGGGCAACCUACCGGAACACAUCGAUGGACUGCAUCUCCGUACUCAUCGCCUGGGGUGCUGAGCUCAACAUGCAGGACGAUCAAGGACACACGGCAUUGCACUGGGCGGUAGGUACUGGUGCC